AUGCCACAAAAGCUCAAGCUUGCCGUCGCCCAAUGCCACACCCAGUCUUCAACCAGCGAAACACUCGCCGCGCUUGCCACAACCGUGACUAACGCUGCAAAGGCAGGCGUCCAUCUGAUCCUCUUUCCGGAAGCUUAUUUUGGAGGAUACCCGCGAACGUGCGCGUUUGGCGCAGCAGUGGGGAGGCGCUCUCCAGAAGGCCGGGAACAAUUCCUGCAGUAUUUCCACGGCGCUGUGGAUCUGGGAGAUACGCCUGCCGGAGCGGGAGAUGACUGGGUGCAGAAGAAGCUUCCCGUUGCGAAGGGCAGUAAGUAUAGAGGCGAUGGAACGAGAGAAGCACUCGAAGAAAUAGCCAGGAAGACGGGGGUCUUCGUGGUGACAGGGAUCGUGGAACGAGCGGGUGGGAGCUUGUACUGCUCGGUGGUCUAUGUUUGUCCGAGGGAGGGCAUGGUUGGUAAGAGAAGGAAGGUCAUGCCAACGGGCAGUGAGCGAUUGAUAUGGGCCCAGGGAUCUCCGGCAACACUGAAAGCUAUCAGCACCACAAUCGCGGGCGUGAAGCUCACUCUUGCCGCUGCAAUAUGCUGGGAGAACUUCAUGCCCCUCCUCAAGAUGAGCCUCUACUCACAGAAUGUCAAUCUGUACCUGGCGCCCACGGCUGAUGGUAGGGAUAUUUGGCCAGCACUCAUGCGAACCAUCGCCCAUGAAGGACGCUGCUUUGUCCUCAGCGCAAACCAGUGUCUGCGGCGCAAGCAUUUACCAUCGUGGGUGCGGGGCGAGUCUAGCACGACGACGGCAGAUGAUGAAGAGUUUGUGAGCCAAGGAGGCUCAUGCAUUAUCAACCCCAUGGGCGAUAUACUGGCGGGGCCCUUGAAGGGUGUGGAAGAUGGCAUUCUCAUGGCCGAGUUGGACUUUGAGGAUUGUGAGAGGGGCCGAUUUGACCUUGAUCUAGCAGGGAGCUAUUCACGGAACGAUGCAUUUAAGAUGACGGUGGAAGGUUUGGAUAUAAGCCCGCCGCCAUGAACAUGGUACGGGUUUUCAAUAAUUCGUGUUCCUGGGGUUUUGAGGGGGAGAUGAAUUGAUGUAGAUAUGAGUGAGGCUGUAGGAAUCUGGGGAGUCCAAGUGUGGAUCCACGAUUUCAGGGGCUUCGGUUAGUUAGGGGGGUGGGGGCUCCAGUAUAUACAGCCUCCCUUUUUAGAGUCCUCUAUAAGCCAAACAUGCUUGCUUAUCCUUUUCUCAUAGCCAAAGUAGGAGUACCCUCGUCUGACUUCGGCGAUACCCCAAUGAGUUUGCCUGUUCAUUCGGAGUGAUUGCACAGC